AUGAGCGCGCCCCGUUAUGCCUUUAACGCCGAGAUUUUCGCCCUCUUGGCCGUCGGGCUGGCGGCUGUGGUUCUUCGGCUGUAUCUGCGAGCUCGCGCCGUUGGAGGACUCAAGGGCCUGGCGUCUGAUGAUUGCCUCGUGGUGUUGGCAGCGGUGGCUUACGGGACUGAGACGGCCCUGGCAUACGUUGCCGAAAAUGAGGCGAAUGGCUUGACGAGCAGCUUCAUGGAUGACGGCACGAGAGCAGCCAUGGCGCCGCAGACUGGCGGCAGAGAGCAUAGGCAGAGAGUCCUCGGCUCCAAGCUGCAACUCGGCAGCUGGGCCAGCCAUUCCAUCGUCAUCUGGUCCCUCAAGGCGGCCGUGUGCGUGCUGUGCUUGAGGCUGGCAAGCACCCAGCACCGCCGACGCCGGCCGGCCGCGCUGCUGGGCCUGGCUCUCGUCGGCGCCAGCUGGCUCGGCGCAACGCUGACGCUGCUGCUGAGCUGUCGUCCCAUGACGCGAAUGUGGCGGCUCUCCCCGGCGCCGGAGCCGUCCUGCCAGCCCGCCUCGUCGCCGGCGCUCAUCUGGACAUACAUGAGCCUCGGCGUGGCGACUUAUCUGUACCUGAUGGCGGUGCCGGCCCCGUCUCUGUUUCAGACGGGGGCGCCCGCGAGGCACAAGUUGCUGACGGCCGCUCUGUUGGCGUGUGGCUUCCUGGCUGGCUUGGCUGCGGUGAACCGCGCGGUUGUCGUCUCGGUAAGGGCUCUUUUCGUGGUGGCCAUGGGCUGGGGAGCUGAGCUCUUUACUUACCGACCCGAUGCAUGUGCGCAGAGCUUUAGGGAUCUUAGACUCGCGCGUAAAUGGGAGGCGCGCGAAGCCUUUGCCGCGAUGGUCACGGCAAACAUGGCAAUCAUCCUACCAUGCUGGAUGGAAGGGCCAAGCCGGAUCCGCGAGUCUGGCGAUGGCAACCAAGACAGCCCAACGACGCCGAUGUCUCAAGUCGGCAGAAAAGACGGCGAGGGGGCCGCGGUCGAAACGACGUACGUAGAGGACGGGGAGGUGGCAAGCCCGCAUACAGGGAGCGGCGAGAAGGAUGGCCGAGGCAUCCAGCGGCGCGUCGAGGUCUGCGUCAGGGAAGACGACGAAGUUUACCUCGUCAAGAACGGAAACUACACGGGUGUUUGGUCGGGAGCCCACGGCGGACGGCAGACUCGGAGCAGGUAUUUCGGAGACCAUAUCCACCAGCUGGCAUACCCGGGGGCGUAG